UUACAACAGCCAGUAAACACAGCGUUGUUGUUCAUCUUUGGUGGAGCAUGUUUUUGGAGAGUUGUUGCAAAGUUUUCUGAAAAGGAAAGAGAAGGACAGUAUAUUUUUUCGUAUCGUUGUCGACUAUAUUUUCCAAUAAUUUGAAAUGUGUUAACUCUGCAUAAAGCGUUCAGAUUGCUGUCACAAAUCCAGGUCUAACAUGCUAUUUUAGCUAGCUUCCUCUUUAGCUGCAAAUCCUGAAUCCUGAAAGUGAUGGUCAUGUCAUGCAUUUUGACUGGACGGAACUGCUUUUUAUAAAUAUUUGUUUUAGAUUUAGAAUUUACCGGUGACAAUGGGGUUAAAUACUCGCAUAGAGUGCAUAUUCUUUAGUGAAUUUCACCCAACACUGGGACCAAAAAUCACUUAUCAGGUUCCAGAGGAGUACAUCUCUCGUGAGCUCUUUGACACAGUCCAAGUUUACAUUAUCACUAAGCCAGAGCUGCAAAACAAAUUAAUAACAGUGACUGCAAUGGGUAAGAAAUUGAUUGGAUGUCCCGUGUGCAUUGAACAUAAAAAGUACAGCAGAAAUGCACUCCUGUUUAAUCUAGGCCUUGUAUGCGAUGCUCAGACCAACACCUGUCCACUGGAGCCCAUUGUUAAGAAACUGUCUGACUACCUCACUACACUCGAGCUUGAAAGUGGCUUUAUAUCUAAUGAAGAAAGCAAACAGAAAUUAUUGCCAAUUAUGUCAACUUUGUUAGAAGAACUGAAUGCUACAGGAGCCUGCACACUACCCAUUGACACAUCCAAUACCAUACAUCUGAAGGAAAUCCAGCCAAGGAAAGACCCGGCCAUUGUCCAAGAAUAUGAUGUUCCUGUUUUCAGUCAGUGCAAAGACCACUUCAUCAAAUCUCAAUGGGACCUCACCACUCAACAGAUUUUGCCUUAUAUUGAUGGGUUCAGACACAUCCAAAAGAUCUCAGCAGAAGCAGAUGUGGAGCUCAAUCUUGUUCGAAUUGCAGUGCAGAAUCUACUCUAUUAUGACAUUGUGACCCUGGUAUCAAUAUUUCAGUACAGCAAUGUCUACUGCACUACUCCAAAAGUACAAAGUCUUAUCGAUGACAAGUCCAUCCAAGAGGAGUGCCUGAGCUAUGUCACUAAACCGGGUCAGAAGCGCGCCAGCCUCAGAGAUGUUUUCCAGCUCUAUUGCGGUCUGAGUCCAGGAACUACGGUCCGCGACCUUUGUUCUCGAUACUCACUACAACUUCAAAGAGUGGAUGAGAGGAAACUGAUCCAGUUCGGCCUCAUGAAAUGUCUAAUACGGAGACUGCAGAAGUAUCCUGUCAAGGUUAUCCGCGAUGAGAAAAGCAGGCCUCCUCGUCUCUUCACCGGUUGCCAUAGUUACGAUGAGAUCUGUUGCAAAACGGGUAUAAGUUACCAGGAGUUGGAUGAACGCUUGGAAAAUGACCCUAACAUUGUUGUGUGCUGGAAAUAAUUUGAAAGCACAGUACAGUGUCAAAUUCAUGGACUUAUGGACAAUGAAAGUGAAUAUACAUUGAAAAACAACAUGGACGUCUUUUCAUUACUACUUUAUGACUACUGAUAGUGGAAGAUGGUUACAGUUGACAAGAAGUAACAGUGGCAUUCGAAGUUGAUAAUGUGAAGUAGGGGUGGGUGAUAUGCCAAAUAAAAGUGGAACAUUCUUUCAAGUCUUCAAUGAGCUAGAUCAUGAUUUAGAUUUUAUCACAAUUCAAAAAGUAAACUUAGUAUCUUUUUAUUGCCUUGACUAAAUAAAUUUAUUUGCUUCUUCUG